UGUUACUUGAAGCAGUAAAGGUUCAUUUUUCCAGAAUGUCACAGAAUCAAGAACGUGAAGCCAAGGAAACUGAGACAAAGAUAAAUGAAGCAAGCAAAAUAGACAUUGAUGAACUGAAACCUCCUCUGCGUUUAAAAAGCAAAAAGGACCUCUUCAUGUGCCUUGCUCUUCAUAUGGAAAAUUCUCCAAUGUGCGAGGAUCCAGAAGGAGACUUUUACAAAUCUGGAAUUGUAAUAUGUGAGUCGGACAAAGUACACAAAGUGGUGGCAAUGUGCUGCUCCACAAAAAGCUUACAUGCUGUGCAACGAGUCUUAUUGAAUACUCACAUCACUUUGCGCAACUGCACUGUCUAUUUGUCCAGAAAGCCUUGCUCUUCAUGCUCCAAAUUUCUCGUUCAAGGGGAAAUUUCUGCAGUGUAUUACUGGCCAAGACAUCCAGAGCUGAAGCAAGGUGUAAACUUUGUCAAAAAAGAUCUCUAUCAAGUUGAUCACUUGUUCCUAAGAAGUUCUGUAAUUAGCAGUGUUUUUGUUCCAUUAGAACAGCUUGAUAAAGAUACUGUAUCAAAGCUUGUUCUUAGAACAAAGCGAUAUAAAUGUCCACAGUGUAAACCCAAUUAUGAAGAAACUCGGAAAGAAAAUUAUGAAAUUAACUGUGACCUGCUGGACUUGCAAGACUGCAGAAAGACUUGGGAAAAAAAAACAAAAGAUGCUUUGAAGUAUCUGAAUGAUUUGUUACAUUGUUCCCAUGGAAAAUUUGAAGAAGGAGAACCUAGUGUGAUGAACAUCCAUGCUUUGCAGCUUUGUUAUCUUUUAGCAGCAAGAUCUGAUGAUCCUUUUGAAGGAGUAGGAUGUAUAUUAUAUAACGAAAAUGGAUUUUUUUUUGGGGCAGGUUAUAAUGGAUAUCCUAUAGGUGCGUUAUAUGGAAAUCUGCCUCGGCACGGUAGAGCUGUCAGAAGUUAUCCUGCUAAAAAGUCGGCCCUCAUCCAUGCUGAAGCAAAUGCUCUGCUAUUCAGAUUUAAGAACAUAGGAGACAAAGAUAUUCUUUAUUGCAGCAAACUCCCCUGUUCUGACUGUCAAAAAUAUAUAGAGUUUGUGGGCAUAAAGAAGAUUGUUUCUACAGAAAAAUGUUGUUACAUCACACAUAAUAAAUGGAACCAAGUGUCAGACCGCAGUGCAGUCUAUGCUUUGCAAGCUGGAUCCAAUGACCAGGGGGCUAACAACUCAGUGCCAAAGGGAGAUGUGGAGGGAAAAGCAGUCUCUUCAUGUCGUCUAGAAAAGAGCGAAAUGUGCUUGUUUUUAGCAAUUCAUAUGGAAAAUUCACCAUAUUGUGAAAGUCCAAAGGGUACUGUCGGACCAGGAUCAAGUACAUUUAAAUUUUGUAAAACAGGCAUUGUCAUCUGUGAAGGAGACAAAUUUCAAAGGAUUAUUGCCAUGGAUUGCUCAUCUAAAAGUCUGCAUGCUGUGCAGAAAGUAUUGUUAAGACUGCCUAAUGAACUACGAGGAUGUAACGUUUACUUAUCACGAAAACCUUGCAUCGAUUGUGUGAAGUUUCUUGUUCAAGCACAAGUGCGUAAUAUAUUUUUUUGGCCCAGUUUAGAAAUAGAUACAAAUACAAUAAAGGCGAAUAAAGAAACAUUUGAAAAUCAAAGUAAACUUAUUGGCAACAUUUUAAAGGAAAGCUGUACUUACGAUGCAAUGUUUGUGCCACUGGUAGACGGGCAGUCAGAAACCAAAGGUGCACCAAUCUCUUCCAUAUUUGAGUGUCCUGAAUUAAAGACUAUACUUGAUGCAUCCAGUAUGUCGUUUCUGAAUGAAAAAGAAUACCAAAGUGCAUAUAAGGAAGAAGUGAAAAAAGCACAGAAUUAUAUUCAGAUGCUGACAGGAAAUAAAAACAAAAAAUUAUUGGAAAACAACUUUCACGAGAUACUUGAAUGUGAGGAAGAGGAGGAAUAUAUUCAACAUGCUUUGCAGCUCUGCAAGUUUCUAGCUGCCAGAAGUGAUGCUUCUGACAAAGUGGGCACUGUGAUCUACAAAGGAAAAAACAUUGUUGCUGUUGGCUACAAUGGUUUUCCAAGGGGGACAAUGAACAAUUUAUUUGUGAACAAAGAUGACGGUAGUUUGGAUCAAAGCAGAAUCGUUUGUGCUGAAGCUAAUGCACUCAUACUUAGGCCCGACGACACUCUUGGUGGUGCAGAGUUAAUUACCUUAAAAAAACCUUGCAUUAACUGUGUACGUCUAAUUGAAGAAAAGGGGCUUAAGAGAAUCAUUUGGCCAAAAAGCGAAAGCCAGCUGUAGAUGGAGCAGAACAAUUACGCUGAAUGAUUCUACUCAUUUGUCAAGUAACAAAUCUGCAGAUGCAACGACAGUGCUUUGACAAAAGGUGGCACAAAGAGAUGCCAGACGAUUAUAUUAUUGUUCAUAACAAUUUUAGACAUCUUAAGAAAAGUAGUAAAAAUUCUCCAUAAGAUCAAUAGGUUGAUUUAAAAUCUGUUUUUUUCCUUUGUAGAAAGCAUAGUGAGAUGUAGAGGCUUGUGGGUGAUAAGUUUGGAGCUGCCAUGGUUCCUUCUCUGUAUGUUUGCAUGGCAAAGGACACAUGGCUGCAGUAGGGGGCUCAAACACGUUUGUUCCCUUCCUCGUAUUCUGCACUUGGGUGGCAGUGGGAUGACAUCAGAGAAGUGCACUGGCUGCUUCCAUAUAUGACUGGUAUAGGAGUGUCAUUGUGAUGCUGCUCUGCAAUUGGUGGAUUUCAAUUUGGUUGCCAUGAACUCAAGUUGCUAUUCUCUCUGAGCUUUGGCACUAGGUCUUUAUGUAUUUUCUGUCUGCCAUGUUAAAUGGGACACCAACUAGCAGUACUAGUACUAGUACCUGAAGAAUAGGCAACUCAUCUCUCUCCCUGGCUCAGUUCAGAUGACACAUGAAAACAAGGCUUAAUUUAACCACCAUGAAUGUGCUUUUCUGAAUGUAGAGCUGUACCAAUCUGUUGUGUGGGUAUAGCUUGAUGCACAGCACUACCUCUCAGAGGGGUUGUCAUGAGUGAUUGGAAGGCCUUCCAUGGCACUCUUGAAGCUCCUUUUGCCACCAAGAUGCUGUUUUUAAUCAUAGGUAUUCAUCAUACUCACAUAUGUUCCUGUGCAGUUUUCAUACUCUGUAGAGUUCAGCAGCUGGUCAAGAAAAGUACAGGGCUGCUUUUAAUCCUGACAACUUCAUUAGUGUAGCUGAAAAAAUAAUAGAUUUAUUGGUCUUCUAAUCUUGAACAAGGGACCAGUUUGGGACUUGAAACUUUGCUUUGAGAAAUUAAUGAACAUUAUCAAGCUGUAUAAUCACUUUGGGGACCAAUCAUGUUAUUCAGAGAUCAGUCACAUGCUAAAGUUAGAAAUAUUUAUCUGUUUCUGUCAUCUCUAUAAAAAAAGUGUCAUAUAAAGGGCUGAAUCAGGAUUCUGUUGGGGCGUUCUAGUUAGAGAUUUUAGGUGAGAUAACUCUGUGCGUGUUGGGCUUCAGAAUUUUGAAUGGCAUUCUGUCAGCUAGCUAAAAUUUGAUUUGCCUUAAGAAUUAAUGUAUUUAUCUAAAUGUGAGAAAUGUUAGGAGAUCUGAUUUUUACUGCUUGUGUUUUUUCUGUAACUAGUGAAUUAAUUAACACGUAUAUAU